AUGGAUAACCUACCUCGACUAUCAGAGUUUGUGUACGUAGGAAUGUGUCGUGAAAUAGGGAGUCCUACAGAAGUGAGGAUCAGGAGAGAAGUGAUGGACACUGACGAGGUAAUGAAUAGACCUGUGUACAUCAUGAGGGGAUUUGAUAGAAUAAUGAGUGGGAGUAGCCGUGAGGGAUUCAGGAUGAGAACUUCUGAUCUUGAUUGGAUGUUGUGGCCUCCAGACCACAAGGUGAUAUGUGAUCUCUCUCAGAUCAAUCUCUACCGUAUUCCACAACACACUGUGAUUCUGAUGGAAUGUGAUGAUUUACCACCAGGAUUUACCAAACUUAAUCUGAUAAUCAAAUUACUGGCCUACGUUAGCACCAUCAUGGAUACAGAGAUGUUUCGAAAAGGGCUGGCCAAACCUGAAUUUUGCAUAACACAAAUGGAGAGAAUGAUUAGGGGAAGGCUGAUAUUUUAUCAACCUGUCAUUAUACAAUGUAUCACAUCAAAUGUUCUACGGAAUACUGCCAUGUACUUACAGAGUUGUAGAUAUAAAAAUGGAACUCGCAAUAAGGUUUAUUAUAAAGCAAAAGUAGAUACAUUGCUAAAACAGACGUAUAAGUUUGGAUUUUUAUCCGACAUUCUUUAUCUUGCUAUGAACUUCUACAGAACACGUAGAUAUGAAGACUCACUCAAAUGUUUACAUAAAGCCGAGGGGAGAAUAUCACUGCCGUAUAUUAUAUAUGGAUGUCAUGUAAAUGUAGAUAUGUAUAGACAUCACAUGGAAAGGAAAACCCUGGGUACUAAGAUGAGGAGAGCUGUAGUUAAAAAUAUUAAGCUAGAUAGCUUAUACAGUUACAUUGAUGAACUUGUGAUAGAACAGGAGGUCAGUAAGAAGCAGUGUAUGUAUUUAUUACAAAUUCCACCUCUAGUUAUGUUAAACAUGUUAUUUACACUGAAUCACCACAGACUGGGUGACACAGUCAGGUCACAACGAUCUCUACAGGAUCUACAGGCAUUGCUUCUCUAUGAUGACGGAACUCAUAUACCUCUUUACCCCAGAGAUAUUUCGUGGCAAAUACUAGGAAUCUGUCAACAAAUCUGUGGAGACUAUUCGGGAUCUCUCCAGUCUUAUCGAUAUUCCUUACAACAAAUACCAUUCCACAAGCUUCAGGAAGCAACAUUGAUAAGAAUACACAGUCUUCCAUCUGAUGCGAUCUGA